AUGUCAGAAAACACCCCUCUUUUGAGCAGCACGGAUCCAAACACAUAUGUGGACACCAGACAGGCGGAAAAUUCGGAAAAUACGCAAACCCUGCCCCUCCACCUUUCACAGCUGUCAUCGCCCCAGACUCCUGUGAUCGAGGAGGAAUCGCUAAAGCCGCUCUCGUUCAAGGACAAGCGCCGGCAAUUUCUUCGAAGGCGGUUCUGGUGGUUCUGUAUUUUUGGCGUGUUGGCGCUCAUCGUGCUCCAGCUUUCGUUUUUGCCCAGAACCUCUGUGAAUAGGGACUUCAGGAGGUGGCACGACUUGCACUUGACCAAAACAGACCUCAAGCGAAUUUUUCUAGCUCAGUUGAAGAUUGGCCGGCCAGAUGAUACUGGAGUGACCAAUGAGGAACACAUCGCCGAGUGGCUUCGAAAAUUCACCACGAUAAAUAGCAGGCAUGGCGCUAUAGUGGCUGACGGAUACCACCCCGAGUUGGCGCUCUUUGUGGACAACGAGUUUGCCAAAAUGGGAUUCUCCACAAGAAGCUACGAAUUCGACUUGCCAGAGGGGUUGAAACUGCCUCAACUGGCGAGAAUAGAGCUUUUGGACUCAAAGUCCCGUAGAGUGUUAUAUGCUGCCAAUCUCGAGGAGAAAACGGAUUUUGAUCGGUUCAAGCAUCAAGUGACGCCUUCUUUCUUUCCUUUUACCUCUGCUGGCAGUGUGACGGGUGAGUUUGUGUUUGUCAAUGGUGGUAGCCCCAAGGAUUUUGCUUUACUUGAGGAGAAUAACAUUUCUUUUAAAAACAAAAUUGCGUUGAUCUCGAGCGAGGCUACGUCAGAGUACUCUGUUACCGAUCGGGUGGACUAUGCUCUUCUCCAGGGCUGCCUGGCGGUAUUGGUAUUUGGUUCCAAGGAUACCCCCCUCGUUAUCCUGAGAAACUACAAGCCAGCAGACGUUCCAGAGCCUCAGAUCCGCCUUCCUGCAAGCUAUCGCUCAGUUGAACCUAUUUUGGAAGCGCUAGGUCCAGCAACUGGCAACUUCACCCACUGGAAAGUCAAUCCAGUGUCAAAUCUGCUCUGUUUGACGGUCUCAUCAGAACUGUAUGGUCAUGGCGCACGCUCCAAAGUGGUCAUUGGGUCCUUGAAGGGCGUAAUGAAUGAUGCAGAGAUAAUUAUCGGUGCUUCAAGGGACUCGCUUACGUCUGUGAACCCGAACAGCGGUCAUGCUGUCAUGCUAGAGGUGAUGCGUGCAUUCCAAAGAUUGCGCAAGCUCGGAUGGAAGCCUUUGCGGACAAUAAAGUUCAUUUCGUGGGACAGUUCAAGAAGCAGUCAACUCGGAGCCAAAGCUGCCUUGCUGGAUCCCAAGGUAUUUGCGGAGAACAUGCCUCUACUCGCCUAUAUCAACCUAGACGGGGAUGUAGUCACCGGAAGUCAUUUUGAUGUUGACCUGAACCCAUUAACUAACCACAUUAUCAAGCAGGUUGCGAGUAUUGUGCCUUUCUCAAAGAAUUCCACGGCCUACAGGAGAGUGACUAAGCCGAAGACUGAAGGUGCACAAGAACGUGAUGAUGGUGAUGACGAUGACGAUGAUGAUGACCAAACGUCCUUGUACCGCUAUUGGCGCAAGGAAAGUGGUGCGAACAUCAAUAAUGUUCUUGGAGAUGCCUUUAUCGCAAGUGACGCUGGCGUCUUCCAGUUCGGGGCAGACACUCCCGUGAUCAACUUGAAGUUUUCUGAGAGUAAGCUGCACAACGAGUCGACUUACAACCCUGAGCUGGACUAUUACUCCUACAAGUGGCUCAGAGAUGAGCAAAUUGACCCCAACUUCGAUCUUCACGGAACGCUUGUCAGGUUUCUUGGUCUCUUAAUUCUUUCUCUUGAGGAACGCGAGGUUGUUGACUAUCGCUUAGAGCCGUACUUUGAAUUUGCCCAAGAACGCUUUGCUUUGUUUAGAGAAGUGAUGUGUGAAACUCUCAAGGAAUGGGAGUCGGAGAAGGUUGAUACUUUCAUACUUGAGAAGACCUCUAUUCUCAAGGAUAUUCUAGAGAAGAAAAAGUCACCUGCCAUUUUUAAUCCUGGCUUUUGGGGCCACACUGACGAUGAAGUAACUGUUGGAGAUGUACUCAAUCAGUUUGAAGAGCUACUCAAGGAUGCCAGUGCUCAAGCAUUAAUCUUUGAUGCCUACAACCACGAUGUUGAGAAUCUUUUGACUGAGGACUAUCCAUGGUACAAGAUGCUCAAGAAAGUUCACAUCUACGCUAAAUUCAAAGUCACGAACUACAAGCUUUUGAGGAUCGAGAGGGAUCUUGCUGCCAACGAAGAUGACUCUGAUGCAGUUGGAAGUAUUGUCACCAGGCACUUCAUGUACGAGUCUCCUCUGAGGAAAGGUGCAUGCCUCAGCAACAAGGAUAGAGAACAACGAGGUUCGUUCGCUGCAUUUUUCCAUGCAGUCGAAAAUGGUGACUUGGAAAAGCUUGUUGAGUUAAUAUCUGUUCGCUACGAGCAUCUCCACACCAUUCAUAAGAAAAUCCAGUGA